ACCCACCACAGAAAAUCAUCGCAGCAAUCGAGGCAUCAGCAUAUGCACAGACUUUAGUACCCCACACUCUACCACCAACGCACCACCCUGAACCUGACCCAGGGUCAAAACCCAACCCAACGUCUCAACCCAAGGUUCAACUCAACCCCGAAAUCGCCAAAACCCACGCCCCAAAAAGCCAGCUAGAGCCUAGAGGAAAAGCCUAAACCCCCUCAUUACCCACGCGACCCUGCCUCCUCCCCCUCCCCCUCCCCUUCUCAGUUCUCACGGUCUCACCCCAGCAGCACCACCACCACGCGCCAUGGCCGCUUCCCACCGCCACCACCACCUCGUCCUCCUGGUCCUCUCCCUUGUCGCCUCCAUCGCGUCCGCCCACAACAUCACGGCCGUCCUCGACGGCAUGCCGGAGUACACGCUGUACAACAGCUACCUCUCCCAGACCAAGGUCUGCGACGAGAUCAACAGCCGCGACUCGGUCACCGUCCUCGUGCUCACAAACGGCGCCAUGUCCUCCCUCGUCGCCAACCUCUCCCUCGCGGACAUCAAGAACGCUCUCCGCCUCCUCACCCUCCUCGACUACUUCGACGAGAAGAAGCUGCAUUCCCUCGGCUCCGGCUCCGAGCUCACCACCUCGCUCUACCAGACCACCGGCGAGGCCGCCGGCAACAUGGGCCACGUCAACAUCACCGACCUCCGCGGCGGCAAGGUCGCCUUCGCCUCCGCCGCGCCCGGCGCUAAGUUCCAGUCCACGUACACCAAGCGCAUCAAGGAGUUCCCCUCCAACCUCUCCGUUCUCGAGGUCUCGGACCCCAUCACCUUCCCCGGCCUCUUCGGCUCCCCGUCCGCCGCGUCGGCCAACCUCACCGGGCUCCUCGAGAAGGCCGGGUGCAAGCAGUUCGCGCGGCUCGUCGUGUCGUCCGGGGUGAUCAAGAUGUAUCAGGUAGCCAUGGACAAGGCGCUGACGCUGUUCGCGCCCAACGACGACGCAUUCCAGGCCAAAGACCUGCCCGAUCUGAGCAAGCUCACGAGCGCCGACCUCGUUACGCUGCUCCAGUACCACGCGCUGCCUCAGUACGCGCCCAAGGCGUCGCUUAAGGUCACCAAGGGCGACAUCCCGACCCUGGCCUCCACCGGCGCGGGGAAGUACGACCUCUCCGUCGUCUCCAAGGGCGACGAAGUGUCGCUGGACACCGGCGUCGACAAGUCCCGCGUCGCGUCGACCUUGCUCGACGACACCCCGACGGUCGUCCACACGGUGGACAGCGUGCUGCUCCCGGCCGAGCUCUUCGGCGGCGCGCCGUCCCCCGCGCCGGCGCCCGGACCGGCCGGCGACGUGCCAGCGGCGGCCCCCGCUCCCGAAGCCUCCGCGCCGGCGCCCGCUCCCAAGGCCGCCGGCAAGAAGAAAAAGAAAGGUAAGUCGGCGGCGCACUCCCCGCCCGCGCCCCCGGCCGACUCGCCCGACAUGGCGCCCGCCGACGCGCCGGCGGGUGACGAAGCGGACAAGGCGGACACCAAGAAGAACGGCGCCACCGAAGUGGCCAUGACCUUCGCGGCCACGGUGGCCUCCUUCGCUCUGGCCGCCGCGUCCUUCUGUUGAGCGUCAGGUGGUUGACCCUAAGCCCCAGUUGUCUUCUCUGGGCAUGCAUGGCCUGUGACGCAAUGUAAUCUGUUGUUGCUCGUGAGUUCGUGGGCUCCAUUGAUAAUUUGAUAAGCUCAUAAGUUGUUUCUUCUUGUUUGCUGGUUGGUAGGUAGGAGGAUUUAGGAUUGGGUCCUCCUCAGGUGGAGACGGUGAUUGUGAUGCCUGUUUUGGUAGUGUUAGAGAUAGGGGCUGUCAUUUGAGUUGGAUUUGUUCUCGGUGUUACCGUGUUGUGCUCGCUCCAGUUGCAUCCUAGCGACCAGCAACUCCAUUUCCCGCAGGGAUCCUCUGCAGUUAUGCAUUAACAGUCACUGACAGAUGGACUCCAUUUCACAUCAGUAGUUUUCCGUAGCUGCUUGCAAUUAGAUGCUGUGCGGCUUUGAUCUUUCACUGCAUUACGACGUGUUCGAGAUUCUGCACAGGUCAUGGCGAUUCCUUCUCUUAUGGUCCUGUGGCUGUGGAAGUGGGAUUGA